GUGACACGACCUACCUCAGCACGUGCUGGCGCCAGUCCGCAAGACAUCGUAGCUCGCCACACCCCGACAUCUGCACGGGUGGCAGUCCCAAACUCUCCGACUCCUUCCAUUGCAAGCUCCUCUGGCGGAGUGCGCAUCAUAGAUGCUCCAGAGAAGGUGGCGGCAGACAUUCGAAUGGAUAUUCAGGCCCACUACGUGCUGAGGAUGGCGCAAACCCCGGCCAGCGUUGCGCGCUCCAGCACUGUGCCAUCACGGCCUGUGAUCCAAGGAACGCCGCAGACUGCACCGAGCACUCCUCGCCAGCCCAGCUCCCGAGGUGUGCCAGAGGCAAGCAAGGUGGCUCACCGCAUGGUUGCAUCGCCCAACCCGUCACAUCGUGUCACUCUCUCGAGCUCUGCGCGCACAGCCCGUGUUCCAGAAGUGCGCCCGGAUCAACAGGCGACCAGCCAGGCGCGCUACGUCGUUCGCCCUGUGGUGGUGGGCAGCAGAGUGGCUGGCUCGAGCCCCGUCCAAGUUUCCCGGCGCGUUGUAACAGGCCAUGGAGCCCAGGCCACGCCGAGCACUCCACGUCAGCCCACUUCCCGAGGCGUCGUGGCACCAACUGCUCGAAUGGCCUAUCCCACCGCAUGGGCAUAUGGCCGCGUGCGCUGA